GUGUCGGUAUCACCGAACACUCUAUAUCGAGGCAGCAUGAUUCGAAACGUCCUACGUACCGUGAUCCCAUUCACCCGUCAUGCACCCCACCAUGGCUGCAGGCGUUUCAGCACCAUCAUGGACACCUCCAGCUUCACGGAGACUCAGCUCACCGUUCGUGAGGCGAUCUCAAAGAUUUGCUCCAAGUUUCCUGAUGAUUACUGGGCGGAACGUGAUGCAACAGAGCAGUAUCCUCACGAACUCCAUGCGGCGCUGGCGAAGGACGGCUGGAUCGGAGUCUGCUUGCCUACCCGUCUGGGAGGUGCGGGCUUGGGCAUCUCGGAAGCUACGAUGAUGCUCCAGACUAUCUCGGAAAGCGGAGCAGGAAUGGCCGGGGCUCAGUCUCUACAUGCCAACAUCUAUGCUACUCAGCCAGUCAGUAAGUUCGCCACGGAAGAGCAAAUGGAACAAUGGCUGCCGCCACUGAUCUCUGGUCAAUCGCGAACCUGUUUCGGCGUCACAGAGCCAAACGCUGGACUAGAAACCCUCAAACUCCAAACAAAGGCGGUUAAGAAGGGUGAUUACUACGAAGUCACUGGGAGCAAAAUCUGGAUAACCAAUGCCCAGAUAGCUGAUACCAUGGUCCUUCUCGCGCGCACCGCCGAAGCCACUUCUGUCCCCAAACCCAUUCAAGCCCUCUCCCUCUUCUACAUCCCCUUCGACCGGACACAGCCCGGUCUUGACCUCCGCAAAAUCAAAAAGAUGGGAGCGCGCUCCGUCGACGCCAACGAAGUCUUCCUCGACUCUUACCGGAUCCCCGUGUCCUCGCUCAUCGGCGCAGAAGGCUCCGGCUUCAAAAUGGUCCUGCACGGAAUGAACGCCGAGCGCUGCCUCAUCGCGGGGGAAGCACUCGGCCUUGGCUACGCGGCGCUUGAGCGCGCUACGAAUUAUGCGAGAGAGAGAGAGGUGUUUGGUAGACCCAUCGGGAAGAAUCAGGCCAUUCAGCAUGGUAUUGCGGAGGCGUUCAUGAACCUCGAGGCGGCAAAGCUGGCAACGUAUCAUGCGGCAAGACUAUAUGAUGCCGUGGCUGCUGGGGAAGCAGAUGUGGGCUUGACGGCGGUGGGUGCGGCUUGCAAUUCGGCAAAGUAUUUGGCCGCCGAGGCGGCGUAUAAGGCGUGUGAGAGAGCGGUUUUGACGCUUGGAGGAAUGGGAUAUGCCCAGGAGUUCCAUGUCGAGAGAUAUCUCAGAGAGAGUUGGGUGCCUAGGAUCGCGCCGGUUUCGAGGGAGAUGAUCCUGAAUUACAUAGGAGAAAAGGUUCUCAGACUGCCCAAGAGCUACUAAAGAUAUCCAUUGAAGAAAGCGGAGUAUCUUGGAAGGUUGAUAUAUAGCUUGGAAUGGACAUCAAUGAAGCAACGAUAGAUCCUGAUUAAACGUUGCC